AUGGAAAGUAAUCCUAAACGGCUGUGUUACAUGAUCUCUGACACACGAGAAGAUGGAUGCAAUAUUUAACACACUCGAGCAGUUCAGACUGGUAUCUUACCACAGCCAGUUUGUCCAGUUGGGCGUAAAGGAUGAAAGAGAUUUCCUGGAUAGCAUCACUGAUGACGAUCUGAACAGCAUCGGUUUAAGUCAUGUGGAGAAGAAUCGUUUUUCUGCGAUGAAAAACUUCAUUCAAAAAUGCAAACCUCCAGAGCGCCAAGUUCAAACUGUGACGCCUGUCCAAAACUCACUGGAGCCAUUCUGUCUGCAGUACACAUACCCCAAAUGUCCUCAACCAAGACAUAUUAAAGAUUUGGAUCCAGCACAAAACACCGUCGAGGAUUUGAUGUUGAGGAUCGGCCACUUUGAAAGUAUCGGUGAUUCCAAAGGGGUCUGUCUCUACACAGUCGAUGGGAUGCCCUUGACUGAUGAUCCCUUCUUCAACACAUGGUCUUUGAAAGACAGACACAUAAAGAAUGGAGAUGUAAUUUAUGCCAUAUUUACACCGAAGGAAAACCUGAAACAGGCUCCUCAAAUACCAAAGCGAGACUUUGUUGAAACCUAUGGAGACACCUUGGUCCGAUGCCACAUCAUGCUCAAGGGAGACUUUGAAGUGAAAGUAAGCUUGGAAAGUGACACCGUGGCCAGUCUGAGACUCAAGCUGGCAAAUGAAAGUGGAAUCCCAGCAAAUGUCCUCCAUUACAAGGGCCAACAUCAUGGUGGUGACACUCUGGAGAGUUGUGGGAUCUGUGCAGGGUCAACAGUCAACUUCUCUUUGUCCACGUUUUCUGACGAGACUUCACACGAUGAGACAUUCUUCAUUAGUGAUUUUGUGCCUUCAGUCCAACAAACCCAGAAAGGAAUCAGUGUGUUCCUGUCAUCACUUUAUGCUGUUAGACAUAAUUAUACAACAGAGCAACGGAAGAAACUGAUUUCCUACAUACGGAAACUGACUGGGUGUCACCCUCUUGCACAAAGUUUGCAUCAGUUACUCUGCAGGAAUGAAACACUGACCAGGAAUCAAAAGAUUGCAGUCGUUGAAGGUAUGUACAUACUCUUCAGAGAGCUUUUGCCUCAAAGUGGAACACAGCAAGGAGAGAAAGUCAUUGAUGACCUGGAUGUCUUUGAGAAUUCACUGUACUGCUGGGCACAUCUCAUAUCAGAAGCAAAGACACAGUCAUCAGACCACGAGAGCUACGCACCAAUUGCUCUCAUGUCUGAAGACGACAGCCGCUUCUCUGAACCAGUCCGAGUACCUGGAGUUCCUGGAGUCCUUGAAAGAGCAUAUGUUUGCCAGAAAAUCAGAGAUGGAGAGAAAAUUCCAAAUUGCACUGAAGAGAUCUUGAGAGAAACAUCAAUACAGAGAGCCAACGACAUGGAAAAGAUCUUGCUGAGUUUGCCUCCAGACAUCAGAACAUAUCCUCUUUGGAUUCACCAUGACAAGACAACUGGCCAGAACUUUCAGAUAAAAAUGGAGACGACUUUUGAAGGUAUGAUGGAAGAAUUAAAAUCUCCCCUCCAUCAAUGCCUGAAUGUGACCCCACCUCUACAUCUGAAGGAGCUAGGACAUUCUAAUGCACGUCUUGUUCUACUAAGUGAAGACAACAUUGGCGUAUGUAUGCAUAAAGAAAAAGGAUCCCCUGAUAUGAUCAGAGUGCUCGAUUGUUUGACUGGUGAAGACGAAGCAGUGGAUGUGAAUGUGUUGGCAGCCAGGACUGGUGACCAAAGAGAUGACCGGACAUUUGUCACAACCAGGACUCCAAAAGAGGCCAUAUUGGUGCUGAUCGACACAAGCUCCUCCAUGGAAGAAGAGUGCUAUGGAAGUGCAGGAAUAAAGAAGAUUGACGUUGUAAAAGAGCUCUUUGACAACUUUGCAACAAGGACCAUGGCUUAUGAUUUUUAUCACGUCAUCGGCCUCGUGAAGUUCGACUCCCUGGUGAAAAUUCUCCACACGUUUACCGAAAAUCUGGAGAAGUUCAAGGAGCAUGUACGCAACAUUGAGGCAAGUGGAUGUACUCUGCUGUAUGACGCCCUGCGACGUGGGGCGAUUGAGUUAGAAAAGGUCAAGAUGAGGUUCCCAGAGUGCAGACUUCGCAUCAUCUGUCUCACUGAUGGAAAUGAUUCUGGAUCCUCAAUAGAGCCAGAUGUUGUUACAGCCAAACUGCUGAAAUCUAACAUCAUUGUGGAUUCAAUCCUUCUUGGAAACGUGGAAAACAAUAUGCUGCAUGGAAUCAGCAAUGCAACCGGUGGCUGCUGCUUCAAACCACAGACAACCAAAGAGGGUCUGAAGCUCUUUGAGAUUGAGACAGUUCUGUCUUUGGAGCAGAGGAAACUCAAGGACACACUUGAUUCAUCUUCCAUCAGUCGGCAUCGUUUGGCAAGCAUCUUUACUACUCAAGGGUAUGACGACUGUCCAGAGACGUCCUUGCCAAGCCAGAUAAACAGCAAAGUGACAGUGACAGAGUGUGCUCUGAAAAAGAAGAUAAAGGGUGGGAAUUGGUAUAAUGACAAACGUGUCCUGGAGGAGAUGAGGAGCCUUCACUGUAACCCACAUCCCUUCUUCAGGGUCUUUCCAUCAGAGUCAGACUUCAGGUUCUGGAGGAUCCUCAUGCAAGGCCCUCCCGACACGCCAUAUAAGAAAGGAGUGUUUGAGCUGUACUGCCAGUUUGGUCCAGACUACCCAGCGAAGCCUCCAGUCGUGCGUUUUGUCACACCUGUGUACCACUGCAAUGUCAACAGCGUUGGCCGCAUCUGCCACAACAUAUUCGACCGCAACUACAACGCUCACAUCACCAUGAGGGAGAUCCUGGAAGCUGUGUAUGGACUGCUCAUCAUCCCUGAGCCUGAUGAUCCACUGGACAGCAUUUUGGCAGAAGAAUUCCUGACAAGCCGCAAGACGUAUGAACGAGAAGCUGAGAAACAUACAGAGAAAAACGCAGGAAUCUCAAUGGAUGACAUGGAGAAAAAACUGGUGGAGACUGUGCCUCAGUUUAUACCCCAACAUCUGAUCUGUCCGCUCACCAGGAAGAUGUUUGUCGAUCCUGUGAAAACAGUGUAUGGCACUGUGUAUGAACGCAAGGCCAUUGAGGAGCACCUGAAGCAACACCAGUACGACCCAACGGCCGGCCCGGGACAUGAGCUUGAAAUGAGUGACAUCACGGCGGACCAGGCCAUGAAGAAAAUGGUGAUGGAUCAUCGUUCUCGGCAAAUCCAGAUCGAAACUACAACUGAGUAGUUGGACAUCAGGUUCACAUGACAAAAAUAACCAGCUGCUUUUUAUAUUAUUCUGUACAAGCUAAUUCAUAUUAACACAUUAUCCUGUUAGUUAGGGGCAAUUCGUGUGUGUUGUUCUAAUUAUUUCACUCCUGCCUCAACGUCACUUCUUUACAUGAGCAGUUAUUUGUUUCCUCUGUUGAGACUUGUGUUUGGAGUUCAUUCUUGCUCUUAACUUUAGAUUGUUCAGGAUGCUUUUUCCAUUUUGUCCUGUUUUCUUAGUCACUGUUUUAACAGUUAAAUAUAUUGCAUGGAAAAUUUGAAAUAACUUUUUUGAAGUUUGGUAAAUCAAAGUGUAAGUUCAUUGUAUUUGUUAUAAUAGUGAUCGCAAGAGAAUAAAGCAUGAGAGUGAUUGAGA